AUGAAUGCCUUUUUUGAUGGGUAUGUUCAUGCUAAAACAAACUUGAAAGAGUUUGUCGAUCAGUAUGAUAAUGCCUUGAAAAAGAAGAUUGAGAACGAAAAUUGUGCGGACUUCCAGUCAUUUAACGUCACAAUUUCCUGCAUCUAUAGAUCUCCAAUUGAAAAGAGAUAUCAAGAUUUGUACACAAAUGCUAAAUUCAGGGAAGUUCAACAGCAACUUACCGGCAUUAUCGACUUGGACUCAGUUUUACUGAAAGCGAAUGCUAUAGUCAAGACCUAUCUGGUAAAGGAUGAAGUUCAUGUUGAAGAUUUCACUAAGUUGGUUACACAUUCAGUGGAUUUUAGUGAGGACGAUGCAGUCGCCAAGUGGGAUCAACGGGAAGAUGCUAAUAGAUAUUCAAGUCUGUUAAAUAUCUGUUAUAAGAUGAUUACUUGUGCGGCGAGUUCGAAAAAGUAUACUGAGGAUGCAAUGACUAAGUUAAAUGCAAUGAUUGACCUAUAUGAAGCGAACCAAGAACUUGCAUCGAUGAUUGAAAAGUGUUUAAAUGUUGAUGGCACGAUAAAGGACACAACUACAAUUGGUAGUUCAACAAAAGUACUUAGUCCACGUGUUGUGCGAGGAAAAGGUAGACCCCCAUCUUUGAGAAAAGCAUCCAGGAUGGAGAAAGACCUGCAGAAAGUUAAGGAAAAGAUGAAGAAAGCCAAGGAAAGGGAAAACCGAGAUGAGGAAGAUACACCAAUCGUGGACACGUGCAGGAUGCUAUUUGGCCUGUCCAAUUUGGACGUUUCCAAUGCUAUCCUAGAAAACGUACCAGCUGCUGACAUUAGUGGAACCCAGUCCCGAGAAACAGUAAUUCAAAGUCAAGAAAGUAUGCAAUUUGGGUUGGAUGGAUUACAACUACAGCACGUUGAGUUUGAUGACUCACAAUUAAGGCAAUGA